AUGGAGGGACAACAACAUAUUCCUUCGGCUGAAGACAUAACCCGUUUCCUGGAGGAGCUUGAAGAGACGAGGAUCCGUUCCACGGUAAUAGGAAGCUCCGACUUUGGCCAGUUGGAACCCCGCCGUGUCUCGAUACCCUCUAGGCAUCGUCGCCAUCGUCGCCCAGAGCCACACGUCAUGUCCAUCACAAGUGGUGAGACUCGUCGCUCUUCCAUCUUCGACCCCGUCGAAUCUUCAUCCUCCAUUUCGUCGGUCCUACCAGGGCAACGGCUCCCGUGCGAGUUCUACUGGUAUGGCAAUUGCGAAGAGACGUUCGAUCUCCGAGACAUCGACGGCUGGGUCGAUCAUGUUGCAGCCCACCACCUCGAUAUGAUACUGCCGAGAAAAAGCUGUUGCUGGUUUUGCGAUGAGGUCGUGUUCCACGCCCAGCCGGAAACCCAGCAACAGUGCCGACUCCGCUAUACGGACAGAAUGCAUCACAUUGCAGGCCACUAUCGCCGAGGGGCAACUCUCGCUGAUGUUCGUCCUGACUUUGACUUUCUCGACCAUCUCCGGAUCAACGGGUUGAUAUCUGAAGGAAGCUUCCAGCGUGCUAGAAACUUUCACGAAGCACCUCAGCCAAGAAAUGGCAUCAACUCUGUGCCGCCAGUUUCAAGAGGCCAUGGUGCAUCAUCCGAGAGUCGCAGUCAGACAUCUGCUUUGAUGUUAUGUCUGCCGUAUCGGUCGCCGUCUCGGCUGUCGUCUGAAAACGGCGCUCAGUAA